UUUCUUCAAAUCUUUUUAGCUAGAUUAUUACAAGAAGUCUAAAAGAAGCGACAGUUUUAGAUUAGGUUUGAAAUAAUUUUCAAAUAACAGAACUCAAUUUGGCUAAUUAUUAGAAAAUGUUGGUUUAAUUAAACUAAAAUAUGGCCACAAUUGUGUGAUUAGCAUCUAUGAAACAUUCUCAUACUUGUAUAGGGAGUGCUAAUUUAUUUAUGAUAACAACAAAAUAUAACCUUCAUAAUUUCUGAUUAUGUGAUUAUCAGAGCGGAAGCAUCUUCCUUCGAAAUGCUUCAUGUUCCAAAAUCCCAGAAAUAUUGACUCCAAAACUUAAUAACUCAGAAGAGAUAGAUAGAGAAUUAUAUGAAGAAAAAGCUGCUAAUAAAUCCUCUAAGAAGUUAUUGGAAGAAGAUGCGUCAGAAUCCCUUGCAAAUGAGAACUUUGAAAAAUUUGUUUGAGACCAAGUUAAGCAAAACGACACAAUCCCUCGAUUCCCUAUUUUUGAGCUUUCUAAAAGAAAACUGAAGAAAAUUGAAAGAAAUUUUACACAUUCGAAUGCAAGAAAAGAUGUGAUUUAUAAGGCGAUCCUAAGAUUCUUUAGAAGAACUUGCCAGACUGAAAUAAAACAAAUGAAAUGCUCAGCAUGUAGUUAUAAACUUUACCAAGACUUUCACUGUUGCCAUAAUGAGGAAAAAUCUACCGAAUACUUGGAAUCUAAGUUAGACCUCCCUGUAACUUCAGAUUGAUUAGAGGUUUUUCAAAUUAUCAUAUCAAUUGGAAGCCAUUUAGUCCCUCCUGAAUCUCCCAUCCAUGAGUUCACAACCCACUUUAAAUCCUGUAUGGAGAAGUAUAACCGUAAGAAACUCCAUGAAAUAUUAUUAAACAAGUAUUUUGCCGUUAUCUUCCUAAAAUUUUGGCAGAGAUCAGAAGUUUUCCAAAACAUGGUGAACAGCCUCAAUUCAAAGAGAGAUGAAGAGAUCAACGAAGGUGCUCACAGAUAUUAUCUUCACAAAUUGAUGCAUAACUGUAUUGAGACUCUCCAAGGGUGAAAAUCAUAAUCCUAAUUCUAUUAAUUGAACUUCUAUGG